UGGGUUAGUAUGGCGGCCGAUGGCAGCUGUUGGGAUAAUUUGCCUAGUGUUAUUUUAAUAGAGGUCUUUUCUUAUUUACCCCAAGAAGACAAAAUUCGAGCGUCGUCAACAUGCAAGCAUUGGAGAUAUGCAUUAUAUCACCCAAAUUUUUGGCAAACGAUACAUUUCAAAGCCAAAACAAAGGAUCAGAAUAGUUUGUCACGGACACGGUAUCUUACUGAUUGUUUUGCAAAGAAGUUACGCAAUGCCAUUGUUAGUUUUGAUUCGAUGGACCCGUUAUGUGUUCAAGAAGCUACAAGAGUUUUGCAGAAGAUUUGUGAUAAUGAUCAUUUGAGACGUCUCAUGUUAAUGCCCAGCCACUGUCGUUUUGAAUGUCCUGGAAGAAUUGAUGAACAAAAACAGUUCUUCAAAAAACAUGUGCUGAAGCCAGUAAGAAUGCUCAUAGAGCAGUGUCGGAGGUUGGAGGCCUUGAGCCUGGGCUGCUCAGAGGAAUUGACGGUAUACGUUGGUGCUUUCCUGGAUUUGCUGGCCCGCCACCAAGCUUGCUCACUGCGCUCCUUGGGUCUUGCUUCUGUUAAGGACGACCCUGACGACUACCUGUUGCUGGAUGUGGACCCAGCUCUCUUCCGCUCCUUUCAGAUGCUGCAGGUUCUGAGUGUGGACUAUGACUAUGUGAGUGAUAGUAUGUUGGCAGCCCUUAGUGAAGUUCGAUUGGUUCGAUUCAUCAUUCAUGUUCACGGGAUUGAGGAAACUCAUCCUGGGACCUCUGAUGGAGGAUGGACCAACUUUGUGCACCAAAAUGCAAACUGUGAGCUGCGACUCACGCUCAUCCACUCUUAUGAAGCUGUGGACAUCCUGCAUUCCGACAUUCUGAAACCAUCAAUGCCACUCACCCAUCUGAAGGCUUUCUUCUGUGAGCAGCUGAACAGUGGUGCCUUGCAUCGCCUCUCCAGCUGGUACACACACAGCCUGCGCUCUCUGUGGUGGGUCGACUCGCUAGGGUCGGCCGCUGCCUACUCCCUCAUGCAAUCGUCCACUGAGGAGCAGCCGGAUCCUCUGGUGAUGGCUGCUUGGAGGUGCUCCAAUCUCGAGGAGAUCAUUCUGCUAGGCUACAAGUAUUAUGUGGACAACCUGGUGGCCAUUGCCAGACUGCGGGGUCACAGCCUCAAGACGCUGCACAUUGCAGCCCAAGACAUUCUGUAUGAUGGGGCAGAACCGGGCAUUGAUGAGGAGCUUUCCUUGCAGUUUGAGGUGGGUGAGGCACUGGGCACCAUGUGGGCUCCUCUCGCCAACUCACAGCUCCAUGAUGUGAUUCACAAUCCAACAGCAGGCGAUUCAGACGAAUUCAUCCUACCAGUUGUUCUGAAGGAUCAGGACCUCUAAUGACAGCUGUGCAGGUUGCAUACAAACCUGGAGUAACCUGUCUGUUGUCUCUGGUAACACAAACACUGACAGAGCUAGAUGCAGGAGGGCAACCACUCAGCUCAUUCAGCUCACUAGCUUGUGUAUAGCAAUUUCAAGUACUUUUAAAUUAAGCUACAGUAGUAAAUUCAUGUAUAUACUAUACUAUAUAUAUAAAUAUAAAAAUUCCCCCCCUCCCCAACUGCCACAACAAGAAUGUGAAAGUUAAGUUCAUAUUCUGAACUAGUAGAGAGUUUUGUUGUUUUGCAUGUAAAUAUUUUGGACGUAGAUCACUACAAAACAGAUAGUGUUUUUCCUUAAUGGGUUAGUUGUGUGAUGCCCCCCCCCCCUCAGGUUAGGAUUAGAAACAUCAAUCCCACAAGUCAUUUCCUCUGUUUCUAAUGCAGCAUGUUUUACUAUCAGAAUAUAAUAUUACAUGAGGCAUGUGAUCUCAAGUUGUAUUGCUCGCCCACAUUAAGAGAUGGAGCAGAUCUCGUUCACUUCAGAUGAGACUGAAUAUUACUGCACAUUUACAUCUACGCAUUUUACAUUGUGAGACUGUGUUUGCAUUUUGUCGUGAUCGUAAAGGGACUCAGUAUUUCAUGUAGCUGAAAAUUUCUAAAUCAUUCCUGCCAUUAGCCCCACAGUAAUGAAUCGCUUAGUCGAAAAGAAGCGUUACAACUAUGGUUGGUUGUUAGUGAAACGCAUUUCUUGUAGUGCAACAGAAAGAGCAAUUUCUUACCUUGAUGGCAUUCAUUUGUUUUGUUGCGCUAAUACAGUGCGAUGCAGAUGGAGCAUGCAUGCAGUUGGAAGAGUCGAAACUCCUGCUGUAACUUGGGACAGCUCAUAAUAUGCAAGUACAAUCUAGAAAAUUCACUGUGUAAUUGCAGCAUGUGCUUAGAAAUCAAAGUGGAGGUUAAGGAAUUUCUCUUCUAUUUGCUAGUCAUUUCAUGUGUGUCACAGUGCAGAGUCACGUUUAAGAUUAGGGACCUGCAGGAAUGACUGUGUGACAAUAAACUGAACCCUAGGUUUUGUUAUGACAUUUGGUGAGAGUGACAGUGCGUCAUUAUAAUUUGGGCUCUGCUGUUUAUGUAGUCUUAAAAUUAUGUAAGAUUGAAAAUCACAGUUAAUAUUCAGUGUGUAAGUCUCGAUGCCAUGAUGUGCGCAUAGAGUGGGAAGAUGGUCACGCAGAUGAACUGGCAGCAGAACUCAGCACAAUUCAUGAACACUCCUUCUGCUCCUGAAAUUCGUAAGGGUUUGCGUUGUGUCUAGCAGCCAUUAUGUAUACAGUCAAUCUCCUUGUAUCUGUAGCGUAGAGGUGUUGCAAGGAACUUUCUAUUUUUUCCCAUGUCUGGCUUAGAUUUUUACAAUUCUGUAUUUCAGCAUCCUGUUGCAAAACUUUAAUGAAAUUGUCUAUGUAUCCACAGUCUGUCAAUAAUGCAACAAUUGUUUAUUCACCGUUUAACACUUGACGCAACAUGUUUUGGCCAUAGAUGACCAUCUUCGAGUGUCUUAAUAUAUCAAAACUGUUACUCUGCUCUAAUGUGCGCUAAAACCGCACGCUGCAGUCUGCUUAAAAAUAACAUAGAAAUAAUUAAAAUCCAUUAAAUUUUUCUAUUAGAUUUUUCAUUAUUUUUGUAAAAUCCUAUUCCACCUCAUAAGGGGCAUCGUCCACUUGUUUAUAGAGCUAUGUAAUAUUCCAGAAGGUUCAUUCCUGCAGCUUGUUUUACUGUAUACAUCCACUGUUUGCAUGUUUACACCACUAGCUUUGUGAACGUACUGCCAUGUUCAUAGUUAUGCAGUUGAUCUUUACAUUCUUUGACAUCCCUUCCAGUAGUUGGUGUACAGGAACAGCAGGUCGCAAUUUCCUUCCCACACAGAUGCAUAGCCAGUAGGAGUGAGGUUGCAGAAAGAAGGAGUGGAAAGGGCUAAAGCAGGAGACCGUUUCAGAAGGAAGAGGGAAUGUUGUACUCAGUGCUUGUGUCUCUGUUUCGUCACAUAAUUCUCUUACUUGAAUAACCUGUACACUGGAGUGCCAGAGAAUCGUGCAGUUGCUCAUUGGUUCGGUACUUAACAAUUUUGGCUUCAUGCCUAGCUUUUCUUUUCUUUACAAGUGUGGACAGCCAAGCUUUGCUUUGUGUAAAAUAUGCGAAUAUGUCAGACUGUAAUUUGAUACUUUUCCGGCAGUGCAAACCAAAACUGCCCAUAGAGUUAGGCAACCUUGGCAACUCUCUGCACAAUGAAAACUACCACAAUCACUUUUCAUGAGUGCACAAAGAAACAGGGUAGAGUUGCUGCAUGUGGAAUGUUAGUUUCGUAUCUUUCGUGACAAUACAAGAUACAUACUUUUCCUGCCAUGUAUAUGGUCUGUCAGUGACUUAAAUCCCAUGCGGCAUCACACAACUAACUUUGCUGUGAGGAGCAAAAUGCAGUGUUGUUACUUUGGUGCACAAUAAAUAACACCACAGACAUUGUGUAGUGUGCCUGAACUGUUAGGAGCUGUCACCUGAUUACUGGGCAGUUUUUACUGUUAGUCAUAGUCAAACAUUCCAGAGAAGGACAUGUUGUUAUUUUUAAUAAAGGUGAGAUAGAGUGUUGCUGCUCAAAGUUAAAUCAAACAUCUGUGAUAUUCAUAGGAUCUAGUAUGCUAUGCUGGACGUACUUAGGUUCGGGGGGGAGGCGGGGGGGUCAAAGAUUCCAGACAUCUGCCAGAUUGAAUCUUAACCGCUGUGUUCCAAAUCAUCCUAUUGCUUCCAGUAGCGUACCAAUCACAGACAUCAUACUGAUGCUGCCUCGUGUGUUAUGCAGUUUCUUGUAGUUGGUUGAGGCACUGUGCUACAAGCCAGAAGGUCGCAGGUUCAACUACCAGUGAGGUCAUUGG